AGUUAUUUGUUUAUCAUUUUGACAAAGAAACAAAAGAUGGCGUAGUUUAUGGAACUUGUAAACAUUGUGGGACCGUCAUAAAAAUGGGAGUCUCCGGCGGUUAUGGCGGUCCGGAAAAACACCUAAGGUCGAGGCAUCCCGUGGAGUUUGCCAAAUACGAGGCAAAAAAGAAGGGACGACAAGAAGUGCAAACCCAAAUUUCUCGGUUUGCUAACAGAGGUAAGGGCGGCCUUUUUGCUUAUAGCGACGAGCAAAAUAAGCAAAAAAUGGCCGAAAUGAUUUGUGAAGAAAAUUUGCCAUACAUGGACUAGAAGCUAUUGGCGGAGUUUUGACGAAUAUUAAAGAAGGAAUUAAAAAAAUUUGGGGGGCUCGUCUUGUUUCGAGGUCCUGGAAGAUGUUCUGUAAGUCUAAGGGUAGAAAAGAAAUAGUUUUUGCCAAAGAUAUCCACAUUAGAUGGAAUAGUACAUACAAAUUGAUUCACCAGAUUCUAAAAUAUAAAGAAGAACUUGCUGAAUUUUUUAGGGAUGAACUUCGUAUAAUCAUUGAUCCUUUUGAAUUUGUUAUUGGGUUAUAUGGCACUGUACAAGAAGAAGCAGCACCACCUCCGCCUCCGAAAUCAAAAAAAGGUUUUGUCGGAAUAGUCGGUGGUCUUCUUGCAAAGAAAGGGAAGCGUGCUCAUUCUUCGACGAGUUCAAGUGGUACAACAGUAAGCUCGCACAACGAACUUGCUAUGUACCAGGGUGUGCCAUGCGAUUACGACGACGACGACGUGGAUUUUGAUGUGCUCGGAUGGUGGAAGCGGAACGAACACAUGUUCCCAUGUCUCGGCAUGCUAGCAAGACAAGUGUUAUCCGUUCCGGUAUCAACCGUAGCAGUUGAACGAGAAUUCAGUGCUAGCGGCAACAUUCUAACCGACUUUCGAAGUUGUCUUAGCGCUGAAUCUCUUGAAACACUGGUUUGCAACCAAGAUUGGCUCUUGGCAAGACCGAUUCUCGAUGAAGGAGGCUGCGCGGCGAUGAAGAUGGAGGUUGUUGAUGAAGGUCUUCUGCGGAGGUUGUUGAUGAAGAUGGAGGUCAUUGGAUUCCCGAUCAAUUCUGCUUCCGUUCGCGAUGGUCUUCCGUUCAAGAUCUUUUCUUUCACUUACCCAGUUUCAGACAUAUGAUUAUAUGAAUGGUAGGUUGUUUAUUGAGUACUAGGUUAUACGGAAAUGAGUACUACUGUGUUUUAGAAUGGAUAUUAUGUUAUUCGUAAAUGAAUUUUGAACAAAUUU